AUGGAAGUGCAGAUCAACACGAUGCCGAUCAAUCAAAAUUCCAAGAAGCGAAAGAGUCUCUUCACCGCCGUGCCAUCCUCUGCGUCGUGUGUGUCGGUCUGCAGCAGUUUGCGCUCGCCCAUGACGACACCGCUAUCAAUAGCACCGACGUCACCUUCGUCUACAACCUCUUCAUCAUCUGACAAUAUCAAUCUGUCAACUGCCUUAACGGCGCUCAAGGUAUCACUCAAGCGCGACUUUGAAAGCGUUGCACCGCCUACACCGGCCGUCUCGCCAGCCCACGGUCGUAGUGGAGCCAAGCGUACCCGAUUCGACUUUGACGAGCUUGAAGCGUCAGACGCUGAAGAACAAGGCCGAUUCAAGGCUCCAGCACCACCUACGACUGUAAAUGCGUUGCUGGCUGUCAGCAAUCGCAUCAAGUUUGAGCUGGACAAGCGUCGACGUAAAGAAAGUGAACGUGUACAGAGACCUCGCAGAAGAAAACAAUUGAGCUACUUUGCUAUCGUUGGAGCCUUUCAGCGUGCAGCGCACGAGCGCGAAGUCGCCAUGCAGCUUGAAUGCGUCGUUGAGGCGUCGACGGAUUGA